AAUUCUAAAUAAUGCUCCGUAAUAAAACUCUUUAAAUGAUCAUUGUUAUUUUGUGUGUUAGUUUGGCAAUGUCUUCAUUUGCAUGCUGUGUCCCGGCUCCUCCCCUCUGUCUAUAAGACUCUGCGUUGUGACACACUGACAACAGCUGCGCGUUACACGGAAUGUCUUAGAGGAAGCUGAUGAAAGGAUAAAUGUUCAUGACUAGCUGAAAACACACCGAGCUCCGAGUUUGCACAAUGUGUGUGUAGCCAGUGCGGCUUCUAUUUUUUGGACACCCUGGAUACUUUUCAUUAGGUUUUAUAAUAGGAGAAAAUCCGUUUUGAUGAUGGCGUUUGCCAUGCUGCGGCCGAUGGCGACUCACCUCGCGUACCCGGACCACAGCAUGCUGUCUGAGGACGAGGAGACGCGCAGUGAGAGCGACGGCAGCUCGGAGCAGAGUUUCGGGUGCUGCGCGGAGAAGCGGCGUCGCGUUGCGCGCAAACCGUCCGUGGGCGGCGUGCUUAUCGUUAAACAGAGGAACGCGGCUAACGCGCGGGAACGCGACCGCACGCAGAGCGUCAACACCGCCUUCACGGCAUUACGGACUCUUAUACCCACUGAGCCAGUGGACAGGAAGCUCUCCAAGAUCGAGACUCUGCGCCUUGCUUCCAGCUACAUCUCCCACCUUGCCAACGUGCUGCUCAUAGGGGAUGGCGGCGAGGACGCGCAGCCGUGUUUAAGCGCCGGUUGCAGUGCACAGGGAGAAACCGGAGGCAAACAACCACGCACCAUCUGCACCUUCUGCCUCAGCAACCAAAGAAAAGGAGUAAAAGACGGCAAAGAUUGUCUCAGAAUGCGGGGUAUCAGUUCCCUGCGCAUGAGCCGCCGGUAGCCGGUAAAGCUGAAGGUGGCCAAACUCAGGGAGCAUGAAGAAAAAAAAGAGAGGAAGAAAAAACAGAGCGAGAGAGAGAGAGAGAGGCGCACGAGGAGAGGCGCACCGAGAGCUUGCGCUGGAGCACGCAGAGACUCAAGGACUCGUAAGAGAUUCAAUAGACAGCUCUUGAUUUCUUUCAUGUAUUUGAACAUUUAAUGCAGUGCAUAAACUUUCUUGUGUUGUUCUAAAGAGAAUUUAUAGAUUUUUUUUUUUUUUUUACAAAAAUGGUGUGAAUCCCACAAUGAAUAAAGUAUAUUUUUUAUCAGA